UAUAAAUUAACUUUUAGUUAAUUCAUGUUUUACUGUUUAGCUGGUUCGAACGAAUUUUUUGUGGCUAUCCUGCUUGUAAAUUAUAGAUUUACUAAUUUUUGAAAGUUUCAGCCAUGACAUCCGUGCAGCCAUCAAGAGCGGCCCCACCAAAACCAGUUCCAAAACCUGGCCAGGUGAAAGUUGUGAGAGCCUUGUACAAAUAUGAUGCUCAACAGGCAGAUGAGCUUUCAUUUGACGAGGGUGAGUUGUUGUACAUCCUGGACAUGUCCAAUCCUGAUUGGUGGAAGGCAAAGUGUGGAACAACUUCAGGACUUGUGCCCAGCAACUAUGUCCAGGAGAGCAUGGAGUCGAUAGAGAACCCGCUACACGAGGCGGCCAAGCGAGGAAACAUCGAAUUCAUGGAGGAGUGCCUGCAAAAUAAGGUGUCUGUGAACGGCUUGGACAAGUCGGCCUCUACCCCUCUGCACUGGGCCUGCCACGGGGGGCACCUCGAUUGCGCCCGUCGACUGUUGUCCGAACCUCAGUGCCAGAUGAACGUCCAGAACAAGUUGGGAGACACUCCACUGCACAGUGCUGCUUGGAAGGGACAUCUGGAAGUCGUUGAACUGCUCGUCAAUCGAGGAGCCAGCACGAACGUAAGGAACAAUGAGAAGCAACUCGCUUUUGACCUGGCCAAGGAACCAAAAGUUGCCGCCUUGCUACAGCCUACAAACGAGUUGGACAGUGCCCAGCUGUGCAGCGACUACGGAGCCGACGAAGAUUCAGACUAGGAGGAGGGGGAGGAGGCACCACCAUUAGCAAUCAUCAUCAUCACCACCAUUAACAAUCGUCAUCAUCACCAAGAAUGUUCACGAACAUAAUCUCAGCAACGAAUCCAUCCGUCCACAUCAUAAAUUUAUUUAUUUCUCCUUAACCCGUUCUUAAAAUAUUCCGUAGAUUUGAAUUUAGAAUAACUUUAAGUGUUGAUAAUCAUUCCGGACAUCCAGCGCCUUCUCGUGCAAGCUUGUUCUUAUUUCCAUUUUUUCAGCGUAUCCAUCCUCACCCACCCACCCACCCAACCAACAUUCAUUUUUCUUACAUUUGCAACGUUUGCACUUCUUCUCCUAGAAAUAACUCCACCCUUUUCUGCUGUUAUUUCUACAUUGUCCCAUCCAAAUUAGUUCAUCGUCCCUUCUUACUCCAAUACAUCAUCAUCAGUUAUGACUCAUCCAUCGUUCCAUCAUUCCAUUCUUUGAUGGCCACCAGUUCCAACCCCACCGCUUCUCUUCAUUCUUCCAAUCUACCAUUCCAUGCAAUCGAUUGAUUGAUUGAAUCUCCACAGACCUCUGUGAUCCACGUGCUCUCGCCUCCCAAUCCUCAUCCACUGUUACUUCAAUUGUUAUCUUUCAUUACAUCAAUUGUUGUUACCUUCAGACGAACACACACGCGCGCAUCUGAUACACAUGUAGACACAUACGAACACGUAAGCACACACACACACACACACGCAUGUUCAGUACAAACACACAAUCAUAUGCACACAUUUCAACCAGUCAGUUAAAUUCAAUUUAUUUUUUUCAACAGCUUAACACUUGAACUCAUUAAGAUUUCAGACAUUUAUUCGCACGUGCACAAUGUGAUUGCUUGUAUUUAUAACGUUGUAGUCAUGUAGAUAUUGGUUGAUUAGAACAUCAAUUAUUUCGUUCCAUUGCGCCAAUAAA